UUUUUUAUGGGAAUGCUGAUCUAGUUCUUUUUCCAAGUGAUGAAGAUUUAUUCCGAGAUGUCAUGGAUGUUAUGGAGAGUUCUUCUGCAAUUAUAACAAUACCUGAAUAUUUCCUUGAGAAGAGGUAUGAAGAAGAUGAUAAAAAUGAACAUGAACUUGCUAAAAAAGACGUUCCAGAAGUUAUGCCCGAUGAAGCAACAAAAUUUGAUCAGGUCUUAAAGCAGGCUAUUUCAGUCUCGCUCUGUAAGCACAGAAAAAUAAAAAACAAAAAUCUAACCAAAAACAAUAUUUCUGCAGUUCCUGUAUGUCUCAUAACGAAAGAAACUUACUUUGUGGCAGUGUACGAUGCUAGUUAUGACUAUUUAAUGAGAACAAAUAAAGCUUUGAAGCUUUUCGAAGGAAAUAAUCUUCGAUUUGAUGCAGUUUUGGAUUUGUGGCUCUUAAUUCACCAUAACGUAUUUUGUACAACACCACAUCAGAAGCUUUUGAAGGAAUUUAAAGGGACAUGUGAUUUGGUUCCACAGCUUGGAAGAGACAGAUUUGAAAAAAUUAUUCAAAGUUCCAGAUGGCUAUAUAUGCCAGAAUGUAUGCAUCCUGACAAUUCUGAUAAUGUUUCAGCCCCUAAAGCUACAGAUGUAGGAGAGUUAAACUGGUUAGAUAUAAUAAAGAAGGACAUUGAUUCAAUGGACCCAUCAAUUGAAAACUAUGACUCCUGGUUUGAUGAUUGGAUGGAAGAAGCAGUGGAAAAUUCUGAGAAAAGCUCAACUGAUGGAUAUCAUCAGAAGAAAGAUAAAUGUGACAGACAGGCUGAAAAAGAUUGAAGAAAAUGGGCUAGGUUGCAGAAAUAUCAAUAUCUAGGACAUUUGCAAGUUUUGUAGUUCCUUUGGGUCUUGUGCUAUAUGUUUAACCUUGUUUUCCCCAGGCAGUUUUAGCACUGAAUUAUUCAGCACUGUGUUAUUGGACAGACCACAGCUCUAACAAAUCACAUCACAUCGAUAAUUUGUGUGAUAGUUUAUUUUACCUAACAUGCCUAAUGAUGUCAAAUAUUGGAGGGGCUA